UUUCCGCAAGCAUCCCGUUAUCCGAUACCCUCAUGCGAAUGGACACUGACCACGUCACUCAACGGAUUCUUCGGUUCCCCGCCAUUGGCUCCGUGAAGGGCAUGAACUGCAAUGACAUUCCAUUCUGGAGAGCGGAUAUCUGUUACCAUGAAAUGCGCUAGGGAAGGCAAGGUCAUGGCAUGGUUGAAGGCUGAACGGUGAACGGCAUUAUCCGUAUGGCCUGGAGUUUGGAACUUUGAAUCGAAAGUCAUCGGAUGGAUCGGACAUUCGGACGAGCCAUAUUGCGAUGUGUACGGGGUACACAUGAUGUUUAAUUGGUAUCCCGCACGUUCCAACCCCAAGACGGGUCCCUCUCGGUUACCUCGCGGUCCGAGCCUUUCCUCGAAUCCUUUGAGCACCUCCGAUUGGUGGCGUUCGACUUUCGAGACGAAAAGAGGCCGCCGAUCGCGGAGGAAUUUGGGGACUGAGGUGUGUCGUUAUCAAAAUUCUAAUCAGAAGUUUAAUCGCAUGUCUGUGGUCACGUGCAGGGUGGCCUGGAGCUCAUCACAUCAAAUCGAACGCCGCCCCUCCGCCAUGUCAUUGCUGGGCCGAGAUGUGGGGGUACAUGUAUGGGGGAGAUAUCUAAUACUCUUACUCCAGACUAUACGAACUACGGGCGACGAAGUACCGUGUUUUCGGAUCGUGAUGUCCCAUAUUCCAUGUCCCAUUUGCAUUCCCAACGACAUCGGUUGCGAUCCAACCGACGCACAUAACUGAAACGUGAGCGCGGUUUCCGUCAGCUCUACAAUAUGCAAACUGUAAACUAUAAACAGCCACCUGCAUCUAGCUUCAUAUCAUUUCCGUUUGUAGACACCCAACGCCCAGGCACAGCGCAGCACCGCAAGUCCCCAUGCCAUCCC